AUGAGCGGCAGGGAUGAAAAGUCGUGCUCAGAACCCAGCUGGGUUUGGCCCGUUCCCCCUGCUGCCAGCCGGCCCAUACCACAUCUAGGUGCGCCGGAUAAAGGGUAUAUGUGCCUCACCCGUGGCCUCACUCAAAAGACAGCCCAGCGCAUCCAAAAGCACUGCAAGGACAAGCACCAGUGGGUGAAUCCACAGACACGGGGGAAAGUUAUUCAGAAACAUGACGAGCGCCCGGACCUGUGCCCUACGCCGGGAAUAUCUUCUACCAGAGCCGGCUCCCGCGCGGCACGCAAGGGGGUCGGCCGUUCCAGGUCACACCCGUCGAUGAGGAUAAGACUGCAGAGGUGCGGAGAUGAACAACCCAAGAUAACCUCCCGCACGGACUUCUCCGGCCUCCACGCCUUCCGUGAACCCAUCCCCUCCCUCUCUCCACACGAAGUCCUCGUCAAAGUGCGGAGCCUCGCGCUCAACUACCGCGACGUCGUCAUCGCGCGCUCCCAAUACCCCUUCGAAGUAAAGGACCAGGUCGUGCCGAUCUCCGACAUGGCGGGCGAGAUCGUGCAGGUCGGCAGCGACCUGGUGGCCAGCGGCGGGUUGGCCGUCGGGGACCGGGUGGUCGCGCCGCUGAGCCCGUCGACGCUGUAUGGCCCGUUGAGCACGACGGCUGAUACGUUCGGCGGGUUUGUGGACGGCAUGUGCAGGGAGUAUGUGGCGCUGCCGGCGCAUAUCGUGGUUAAGCUGCCGAGGACGGGGCAUAGCUUUGCGCAGUGGGCGUCGCUGGUGUGCACUGGGUCGACGGUGUGGAAUGCGUUUUAUGGGAAUGCGCCGCUGAAGCCUGGGGAUACGGUGCUCGUUCUUGGUACCGGUGGAAUUUCCUUGACGGCUCUCGUAUUUGCCAAAGCCGCCGGCGCAACCACCAUCGUCACUUCCUCCAGCGACGAGAAGCUGGAAUACGUAAAAUCCAAGUACGGUGCUGACCACACCAUCAACUACAACAAGACCCCCAACUGGGCCGCCGAGGUGCAGCGGAUCACCAACGGUAAAGGGGUAAACCACAUCAUAGAAGUCACGGGCGCGGGGACGAUUGAGCAGAGUAUUGAAUCCGUCGCACAUGGAGGCAUUAUUUCUAUAAUCGGGUUCAUGGCACCUCUCCCCCAGGAGAAGAUGCCCGACGUUUGUGGGGAGCCGUGGGCUACAGAUGCCUCUGGACAAGUCGUUUGGAUUUAA